AUGGAUACCCCGAUUCACAACUUCAAUGUUCGCAUCGGUUCGCAACAGUGUUUUGACAGUAGCCAUGACUACGAUUUCCGUCAGUUCUCUGAUGAAGUAAGUAAGCUUGGUGCUAUCAACUGUGAUCUUACCCCUGAGCUCGUAAAUGGUCUUCUCGACUAUCAGACGUGGUCGCUAACUAACCGUAUGCUAAUUGCCGACGUCAGUCGUCUAACGGAGAAGGACGUACCCCAGGCUACUCAGAUUCAGGGUGUCAAUGCUGGUUACCAGGGUGUCAAUAUGUUGGUAUUGGUUAUUAGCGAGCAAGAACUAACCUACGACCGUCUAUCGGGUGAGGUUCUUGAUUUCACUACGGCUUAA